GCUAUAUUUCUUUCAGCUCUAAAUUUUGUUCUUUCCAUCACCGCAUUCGUGGGGAACACACUGAUCCUGGUGGCUCUUUAUAAAGUGCCUUCUAUUCAUCCACCGACAAAACUGUUAUUUCGAUGUCUUUCAGUCACUGAUCUUUGCGUUGGCCUUUUUCUGCAACCAUUGUAUACUAUCCGUAUACUAAAUAGAGCGACAAACAUAAUUAGCCCUGGGAAUUUGUUGUACAUCAUCGAAGCAAAUUCAUCUUUAAGUUUUAUUUUGUGUGCAGUAUCAGUCCUGACAUCGACCGCUAUAAGUUUAGACAGACUUCUCGCCCUUACGCUGGGCUUGCGAUACAGAAUCGUUGUAACGUUGAAGCGAGUUGCUGUACUAGUUACUUGUUUCUGGUCGACUGGUAUUUUGUUGGGAAUGAUGCGCUCUUUCGUGAGCUUACGAAUUGCUUUAAAUGGGGCUAUAAUCUGGGCAAUAUUAUCGUUAGUAGCCUCAACCUUUUCCUACGUAAAGAUAUUUCUCAAACUUCGGCAACACCAAGGUAGAGUGCAAGACCGUCUUCAACAAGUGCAACAAAACGAAGGAUUACCGCGGCCAUUAAACAUGCAACGAUACAAGAGAACCGUUUCCAGCAUAGCCUGGAUUCAGAUGACAAUGGUUGCUUGCUAUGUUCCAUUCAUAGUAGCGGCAGUGUUAAGCCGUUAUAGAAGAGACAAUGAGAUCGCGUGGAGUGUUUCAAUCACAAUGUUAUACCUAAAUUCCUCUCUGAACCCAUUAGUUUUUUGCUGGAAGAUGAAAGAAAUCAAACGGGCAGUGAAGAACACGUUGACACAGUCGUGUUGCCAUAGUUAAUUGAGUGGAAUGGUUAUGAAACCCGUCAGACUCCUUUGUUAUAUGUUUUUGUGGACCUGAAAGUGCACAACGUUCAAAAGAAUUCCUAUCAUUUUGAUUGUAUUGACCAAUAAAAACGUUGCAUUAAUUUAUUCCGUAACAAUUUGCCAACAGAAAACAAAGGAUUGUGCACUUUCACGGUGCUUUGAACAUAAACUGCAACACUGUUGUUUUUAUCAUUGAUGUUUACCGCUUUUCAUAACCAGUCUCCUCUAAUAACUAUGGUAUUGCCUAUAGUCGAACCUCGUUAAUACGGACACAGAGGGGGCCACAGAAAGUGUCGGUAUUAACGGGGUGUCCGUAUUAAGCGGGUUGAAUUUAGAGAAAAUGUAAGGGCUUUCUUUCCCCAGGGACAAAGCAAACUGUCCGUAAUAGUGAGGUGUCCCAUAAAUCUGGUUUGACUGUCUCUACGUACUUAGGUGGACACUGCAGUGCACAUAUCAGAAAACGUGCCGAGAUCGUGCUUCCGAAUUUAAACCGUCUCUGUAUGGGCCAUUUUCAAUGGAAGGUCUUGAGAAUUCAAAUUAAAUUUAAUUAUUGAAGUGGAAGUAAGCCUCACCUUCCAUUAGAGUAGAGGAGGUUUGUGUGGCGCUAAGUAUUGCAAGAUAGUGAAACGCGUUUUUACGCAUUAUUAGAUGGAAUAAUUAUUCUUUAUCCAAAAGGACGAAGCUCGGACGACGUACGUUAGUUCUAGUUACUUAUUUCAAGUUAAUAAGAGUUUUUUUUUGAUGAGAGGAUAAGUUAAACGCUUUCUUAGCUGCAGCAUAUGAGUUCUUUUAAAUUCAAAGAGUUUGUUGACAACAUUACGCCGGCUGAAAACCAGUAAUAAAUGGCCAUGAUUUAGCUGCAAAUUUUUAUAAUCAACAAAUUAUCGUAGUUCACAAACCAUGUCGCAUCGACGCGUUUACAAGGUUCAAAUUCAUGCGACACGUUUAAUAAGAAACGUCCAGCUACAACAGAAACAUUUUCGAGAAAGAAACAAAAAGGUUCACAAGGAACUUAAAGCGUUGGUCACCUGCUUAUUGUUGGCAUGCUUCCAUCGGCAAAAGGAAGUCGUUUAGAAGUCUCUGAUAUUGAUUCGGGAGUCUUGACAACGUCUCUCCCCAGAACAUUCUUGAUUCUCGAGUUCAAUAUCACCUCGACAGGGGCGUAGCCAACAUUAUGGCAUAGAGGGGUUUCUAAUGUGGUAUUUUUGUCUAGAUUGACAAUCGAGCUUUAGAAGACAUGGGGUAUAAGGCAUUCUCCCCCGGAAAAGGUUAAUACUUUAGGUCCUCAGAAAUUUCGUUUUGUGAUUCUGAGCAGAAAUUUCCAAUAACAGUGCCAAAUGAAGCUAGUAUUUUUUCGCUUUCAGUGUUAAGAUAGUGUGAUAGACCUAAAAAUGUAUAUAUCCAUAAUGGUUGAAUACAUUAAAACACACACUGUAGCCCUGUGGGCAUGAUUUGCAGUUUACUCAGUUAUUAGCAAGAAGGAGACAUCAUGGAUGCUUCCGUACAAAGGUGUCGAUUGUUGGAGUUAGGUCAAUUUGCGUAAAACAAUGGAUGUUCAUCAUAGCAAAUGCAAAAUCUAGGGAAUAAAAUCGCCAGUCCUUGCUGACAAAUCAGCCUAUUUUGUUUUUUGAAAUGAUAGUUUAAUCAUGGCAUAGUAUAAAAGCUGGACUGGACUCUGGACCAGUCCCGGUUUUAUACUAUGCCUUUAAUCAUAGUAUCUGUGAAACCAUUGAGACCUGACCAUCUUGAAUAUAAACAAAAACAGCAUUUUGUGUCUGUUAAUAUCGGGACUUUCGCAACAGGACCAAGCUCACGCAUCAACGCCUACGAAGUUAGUAUUCGUUGCCAUCAAAUAUUGCUGUUUCUGAUUCUACUUGCACAGUCUUUUUUCUUAAACUUGCCAUAAUUACUCAAGUAAGUUGAUACCACCUAUUUAAUAAUCUGUUCUAAAUCACAUUUGAUUUAACAUGCGUUUGUGUGUUUAGUAUUGUUUCACUAAGUGCUCUAAAAUGGUUGUUUACCUUUCUACGGGUCUAUAAUGCCAGCUUCAUUUUCUUUUGGCAGAAAAUAACAUAUGAGCUGACAUAUGUGAGAAGAAUAUCACUUGUUCCUAGCUCGUAUUGGUACACCUGUGUUUUUCAACAGAACUACUAAACAAAUCAACAGCGAUGUGUUUAGUGAUACGUUAUGUAGCAGUUCUUAACUUGCUUACGAGUUUGUGGAAGGAAACUUAAAAGAGUUCUCAAGGUAGUUUAACACUUUUGAGUCUGUGGACGAAAUCCAAUAGUCAUGAUGACCAUUCAAAUGUACACUCUUUGGCAGUAGUUUUGAGUGGUACAAUUCUUUAUGCUGUAUAACAUAGUUCAAAGAAGAAACCUCUCCUGAGUCACGGUGGCCACUCCAGUGAGACGUCCCUGGGAGUCCUUGCAAGUUGCUUUUUUAUUUUUAUAAUAUAAUAUUUUACAAACUGAAUUUUAUAAAAGUAAAAAAAAUAAGAGCAGUGACAGGAAUAGCCUGUACACAGACGUUGUUUUAUUCGGCGAGUGCGGAGCCCGAGAAAGAAAAAAAGUAGACGUUGCUUUAUUUUUCUUUUCUUUGUUUUCGAAAUCGGUUUUUAUCACGCGCGCUCGACGGACUCUGAGGAGAAAAUAGAGGCUCUGUGAACAGGCUAUGGCAAGACUGAGAAUUUCUUUCUUGCUGAAGAUAUCCAACAGUCACCUUCUUUAUCUCUAGAUUUAUUUACAUUUGACUUAAAACAACUUAUUUUUACAGAUCAGUAAAUAAAUUGGCUUCCAUAAUUUUAGCUUAAUUCACCUAAUCUCUGGAGAGCGAAAGAUAUUUUUAAGAAAUUAAAAGCAUUUCCACUGAAAUCUUUUGCAGCAGCAAUAGAGCCGUUCUAAUAUUUAGUGACAGCUCUGUAUCAGUCGUUCACCUCGGCAUCCCUACCAACGGAUGGUUACUCUAAACACACAGUUUAUCCGAACUUUCAGAAAAGAAAAUCGUUAAAAAAAUGAUUAUUCUAGCACUCAAUUUGUAUAACCACUUUACUUCAACAGACUACCUUAGAACUGAAAAGGAUAUUUCGAACUAUCCUAAGAACCGCCGUUCGGCUUGGGUCGCCACCGAGGGUAAAAAAAACCUGCGCGGCUUUUUUCCUGCUAACAAUUUGGUGGCAAAAUGAAAGAUUCAUUUCAAAUGAUUUUCUGUCUUAUGCGAGUUUUAACAAAGAAACCUUGAUCGAUUGUUGUUGAUAGCUGUCCAUCGUCAACAGAACCCACACAUCUCCUUCGUAGGCUACCCAUCGCGUAGCAACAGUGUGUACCCAGCCGGCCGUGCAAGGCAUCCUGCCGCCAUGUGAGCCUUCAUAUUCUCCAAAAGCGAAAACAUAAAUUCAAGUGACUUGCACGAAAAAUGGAGACUGCCUUGAAAGCCGCGCCUGUCACGUGAUCGCGUCGAACGUUUGUCCAUUAAAUAUUGGGGGCACAUCCAGCAAGGCUCCGAUGGUUAAUUCGGCUGCCUUUUCCGCCAGCUUUGAAUUGUCAGGAUUUUCCUGUUGAAAUACAGGAUAGCUUUCAGUGGUUACAACAUGGGAUUCAACCCCACCAAACACGAAAGUUAAUUUUGUAAACGAAGUCGUGACUGACAAGCCAUGCAAGAAAGAAACCUCUGUUCGCAGGGUAACGUCCAGAAUAAGCCUUGAAUUAACAUAGAACCCUUCUAAACUCUACGUAGCAGUGGGCAUUAGGAAUUCACCGUUAGGUUUUCAUGGUUUGAGUUCAAAUACAUGUGGUAACACUCUUUUAGGGCCUGUAAUUCUACUAUAAAUUUUCACACCAGUUAGAAACGACAAAAUCGAAGUUUUUAGACUACGUAAUUGUUAAAUAUUCCUGUGAAGUUCGCUACGAAGAGGUAAAAUGAAUAAUGUACUGUACCUUUUGAUUAUUGAGGCCUGGGCUGACAAAUACACCAAAACAAAUAACACCCUGUUCAUGAACACGUGACUUCAUUUCCUCUAUAGCAAGCUGUCGAGUGACAAAAAAUAAAUGUUUCGUAAAACAAAGUGAAAACUUCUUCAACUUUAGUUAACUGGAAAAAAGAUGAGUUUAUAAGUAAACAAACACACACAGGAUUGGAAAGCCUAUACCACCAAGCAUUUUCCGAACCCCACGGCAAUUCCUAUGAAUUGUAGCUUGACAGAGACUCGUACCGGCGAGCACAGCAUAAACGUGGAUCCAUAUAGUUUGGGAUGCAUGCAUACUAUUGAUGCUGCACUAAGCUACACGAUGGUAAAGUAAGCGAGUCUGUCAUGAAUUGGCUUGAGUACAAUAAUAUUGGCAAGGAUCUCCUACAAAUAAUAAGGAAUCUCUGCCGGCCUUGAUUAGCUUUUGCCUUUUGCGGGUCGAACUGUAAUUUGAAGAUGCGUGAGAAUAAAGAAAAAGAUAUAUAAAUAAAUAAAUAAUACCCUAGAUUUCUCGACUUAUAACAGACAACUUUUGUUAUCAGUUAAACUAACACGCCUCGUCCAGUAAGCAAAUUUUAAAUUACAUAUCGAGGGUGAACAUCACUACACGGCGUCCGGGUUCUAAUGACAUCUCAACCAACCUUGAAUUCAGUGAAGUUCUUUCUGCAGUGUGAAAAUCUAACAAUUAUCAACCUAAGUUCUUUCAAAUGACAAUGAUUGCAGUUUCGUGAGAUUUCCCGCGUAAACUGCAUCACAGAUGCUGGUACGCAAACCUGAAGCAAAGAAAAGCAUCAUAGUUAAUGGUUAGCAAAGGCAGCAAUCAAGAUGUAGGCCUUUCAUACAGAGGAGUAGAUGUGUCUGCUUUACAAUUAUUUUGCGUUUUUUCCCUCAAAAAUAUGUCCUGUUAGAAACUGUGCUUAAAUUGUGGGUGGCUCCUCCCAACACAUGUUGUGCACGUGGUAAAUGAUUUAAUCAAGCCGAACACCAAUUAUAAAACUGCACACAUUUUCGCACGGGCAGGGAGCUUAAGCAACGACUACGGCGACGGCAAUGAGAACGGCGACAAAGCAAUAGGUUUAUAUUAGCAAAACAACAACUUUGCACGUGCAUCACGCUUUUUUGUACACUUUCCUGCCGUUGUUGCACGACUACAACGUGAAACUGCCCGUAGUAAUUUCACGUUUUGUCGAGGACGGGAACACAAGACAACAACUUUCUUUUUCUUUUCCUGAACUUUGAUGCAGUCCCUUAGAAUUCAAUUCCAAAAAAAAAAAUUGCCAACAUUUGACGAAUUAAACGAGAUGGAAAGAGCGUGAUUAAGUUUGAGGCAUUGCGAAUUCACUUUUUAAGUGAGGUUUUCCUAGCCGUCGCCGUUGUUGUUGCUUCAACUCCCCAGUUUCUUUGUCCGUCCGCUUACAGGGCGGUCCACCUUACACUGGCUCACAGAGGCAACCAGCCUACAAGGGUGUCGACUUACAGAAGAGGGUCUGCCUGUCUUAAAGGAAAGUUCCCAUACAGUAGAAGUAAGAGGUGUCCGCCUAGCAUUAGUGUCCACCCGACAGUAGUGUUUUCCGCCUACAGAUGCGCCCAUGCCAAAACAGGUUCUCCCGUUAACAGGAUCACUAUAUUUCAAAACCACGACAUUGAUCUUAUGGUGAAAAGCAGUAAGGCAUACAUGGCAGAUGAGACUGAAUGGCAAUAUGAACACUAAAAACAGAUGAGAAACGUAUCAUAAGAUACCUUACCGUGGAGGACGUUUUAUCAUCGAGAGCAAAAACAACAGAUACACUGUCGUGGCUAACCUCGGAUAUCUGCAAAGACAAUUCAAAAAUCAUUAUUAUCUUUCUACUGAAACUAAUUCCACGUUGCUAUGAAUUCUUGUUUUCAUUUUUUUUUUCCUGUCUUUCUUUGUUUUGCCUUGAGAUCAGAGCGACGAUUGACAUACUGUCACAAGUAUGUUUUGCAUAGCAAUAGGUACUUUAAGAUCCAACGACGCGGACGGCAACGAGAACGUAAUAAAACAAUAGGUUUUAGAAGCAAAACAAUAACUUUGCACGUGCAUCACACUUAUUGGUACAUUUCUUUGCCGUUUUUGCACGACUACGACGUGAAAUUGCCUAAUUUCGCGUUUUAUGGAUUAUGUAAACAAGCAACGACCAAAUUUUAUUUCUCUUUCUGAACUUGGAAAUGGUCCCUUGGAAUUUAAUUCCAGGAGGGUUCGCCUACAUUUGACAAAGUAAUUGGGUAGGAAUAAUUGCGAUUAAGACUGAAAGAACACAAAAUUCACUUUUUAAGCGACGUUUUCGUUGCCUUCGCGUCUUUGGAUCUUAAAGUCCCUCAUGUAUCUGAGCUACGUGAAGUAAUCACUGCGUUGCCUUUCUACAAUAACUGUAUUCUCAUUGUGUUCAAUUGCAUUCUCAUUUAUUUCGCCCCCUCACUAGAUGUCAAUAGUACAGGGAUUACAGGGAUGUGCUUACCAACUGCUCCGCUGAUGUUUCGAAGGAAUCUUGUUUUUCCGCUGACAGAUCGGAAUGAAAGGUGGCCUAUAGUACGAAAUAAAUAUAGAUUAUCAUACAAACUUUUAAUUCAUUAGUUUAGUUCGUCGUACGUGAAGAUCGACGUUUGUCCUGGAGAUGAUCUUUAGACGUUCUAUCCGUCUGCUUCAGACGAUAAUGUAUAUUUAGCCUCGUUCGGGAGAAACACCCGCUGGCCGGCUAAAGUUUCUUUUUGGUCUGAUUCAAAUGGUAAGAUACCUUUUCUAGACUGCUUGGUCACUCGCGACAACAACAAACUAAAAACGACUAUUUACAGAAAACCGACACAUACCGACCGAUUACUAGACCAGUCUUCGUACAACCCGACCUCUUCUCACAAGGCUACUACUAUCCGGACUCUGACGAGACGAGCGCAACUAGUUUGCGACUCACCUGACAGCCUACAAGACGAGACUGAUUAUCUUAACAACGUUUUUAGUAAGAACAAUUACAACACGGACUUUGUUAGACGGAACACUCACAGUAACACUGAUUCCAACUCUCAGAUCAACUCUGGCCCUGUUACGACAGCGACUAUACCGUACAUCAGAGGCACCUCUGAAACUAUUGCACGUAUAUUACAACCUUACAAUAUACGUGUUGCGCACAAACCGAUAACCACUUUACGGCGACUGCUUACUAAUGUCAAGGACAAAGACAAACCGGAGGACAGACAGGGAGCAGUAUACAAGAUCAAAUGCUGCGACUGCCAGGCUUCUUACAUUGGUGAAACCGGCAGGAACCUAAGCACGCGACUGACCGAACACAAACGCGCGACGAGGAAUGGUGACGUCAACAAUCACAUUCCUGAACACCAUUUAAAGACGAAACAUCAAAUUGACUGGGACUCUGCGACAUGUAUAACGUAUUCUACAGACUACUAUCAACGUCUUACUUUAGAAAGCUGGUUUACUAACUUAGAACAAACGCCACUGAAUCGUAGCCAACAAUUACCAGCGCCGUACAAACGACUUAUUGACAAGAUCAAGCAAAACUAACUACGAGAGAACAACUGGAGAACUGACAAUUUGACUAACAAUAGACGACUGUUUAACUGUGACAAUAGACGGAUCGAAACGCACCAAGUACUGAUUACGAGUCUUCAUAGCCAAUAACAUCACGGCUUAACUGACAGACGACCAAUAACAUCGCGACAUAAUUGACCAAUCAGAUCAAUAACCAGAGUAUAAUACCAUCAACUGACGUGAUACAACUCACUUUGACUCUGAAGAUGACUACUGCACAGGUUGUCGAAACGUCAGUUAACUGUCAACAACAACAGUCCUAUUCAGGACUACGUUCACCCGGACGAUCAAACUCAACCUUUUGAAGUUUUAUAUAUUUUGUAACAAGUUUUAAUUGUGCACUAUAACCUUAAUACUAAAAUUAAGAAGUUUUAUUCAUAAAGCAGAAUGUUUUAUAUAUUUAAUGUAAAGGUUUACAUAUGGUAAGAAGUAUUUUUGAUACAAACGGCAUUCCAUAAUAUACAGAUUUAACAAAAGCCAAAAGCGAAGCUUCAGUUUGUAGACUUAAUAAUAAACAUCCAUUCUAUUCCAUUCACCUUUUAAGGGGUGACCAUGAGACAUUUAAGAAAAAAAGUAUCCGGCAAACUGACCUACAAAACAUUUUCCCACGAAGCUAAACUCUGAUAUUUAUAGCAAAAAUAAUAAUGAAUAAAGUUCGAUAACAGUAGUAGCCUUGAACAAGAAUUUUUGCCCGAACCUGCGUCACAUAACUCCUCACCACACCUGUUUUCAAACUUAUCACAAUCAGCCCCUAAAAUAAACAAAAUUAAAAGGUGCCUUUAAUCACGUUUAAUUCACGCCCGCACAUACUCUUCGGUGGAGGCCAAUUUACAGGUUACCAUUUUUAGGGUCGAUUUUCCAGUAUAAAGGAAAGACCUAAAUGAAAAAUUGGGCCGAUUUUUGUGUUCGCCGUGUGCUUUAAUAUGUUUUCUUUGCAAAAUCUGUUAAUAUCUCGACAUCCGCACACUGACGCAUGAACCAAUAGUAUUAAUUACAACCAGUCACACUAACGAAAUCGAAGCAGGUACGUGAUAAACAUCAUUAUGCGAAUUAAUUAAUGUAAGUGUUAGUUCAUGCUAUACGCUCAGUGAAAAGGUGUCGACCGGAAUUUUCUCCCGCAUGACCAAUGACCUAGCGAAAAAAAAGGAGGGAACAGCUUUGACGACGCAGACAUGAUGGUGAACCAAACAAGCACAUUACAACCAGGCAUAGCUAUAUUUCUCUCAGCUCUAAAUUUUGUCUUUUCCAUCUCCGCAUUCGUGGGGAACACACUGAUCCUGGUGGCUCUUUAUAAAGUGCCUUCUAUUCAUCCACCGACAAAACUGCUAUUUCGAUGUCUUUCAGUCACUGAUCUUUGCGUUGGCCUUUUUCUGCAACCAUUGUUUGCCACCCGUAUACUGAAUAGUGCGACAAAGAUAAUUAGCCCUGGAAAUUUGUUCUACUUCAUCGAGGCAAAUGCUUCUUUAAGUUUUAUUUUGUGUGGAGUAUCAGUCCUGACAUCGACCGCUAUAAAUUUAGACAGACUUCUCGCCCUUAUACUGGGCCUGCGAUACAGAAUCGUUGUAACGUUAAAACGAGUUGCUGUACUAGUUACUUGUUUCUGGUUGAUUGGUCUUUUGUUCGGAAUGAUGGGCUCUUUCGUGAGCUUUCGAAUUGCUUUAAAUGGGGCUAUAAUCUGGGCAAUAUUAUCGCUAGUAGCCUCAAUCUUUUCCUACGUCAAGAUAUUUGUCAAACUUCGGCAACACCAAGGUAGAGUGCAAGACCGUCUUCAACAAGUGCAACAGAACGAAGGAUUACCACCAAUAAACAUGCAACGAUACAAGAGAACCGUUUCUAACAUAGCUUGGGUUCAGAUAACAAUGGUUGCUUGCUAUGUUCCAUUCAUAGUAGCGACAGUGUUAAACCGUGAUACAAGAGACAAUUAUAUCGCGUGGAAUGUUUCAGUCACACUGUUAUACCUAAAUUCCUCUCUGAACCCAUUAGUUUAUUGCUGGAAGAUGAAA